AUGGUAGGGAGAAUCUCAAAAUCUUUGAAAAUGUUUUCAAGGAUUUUGAGAUUUUAGUGCAAGAAAAGCUUCCAUUUGUUAAGGAAAUUAAUAGUCAGAAAAGAUACUGAAUAAAUAGUUGAAUUCCAUUAUAUUGGACUAGAGGCUGCUGAAAUGACUUAAUGUUUUACAGUUGCUAUAAGAAUUGGAGCUAAGAAGUCUGAUUUUGAUUCAAUUGUUGGAAUUCAUCUAUCAGCGGCAGAGGAGAUGGUGUAAAUGAAAAUAUUUAGAUGA